UACACGUCUGGUAUCAUUCCUUCCUCCCGCUCGCUUCGCUUCCUUGCCCUCGCUGCUACCCCACGAAAAUUCUCGAAUCCCCCCGAACCAAAGGGCGGCAGAGGAGUCGUGCUCCGGUGACGGGCUUGGUUUCGUUCGCUUCCCUCUCGCAGUCUCGCUGCUGAUUCGCCGCCCUGUUCGCUUGUUUCUCAUGUUCGGAACGCGGUUACUCUCUGUGGGUUUCGUCGUCUGCUGUGUUUUUUUUCGUGGGAGAUCGGUGGCAUUUUAGUGGCGGAACCUGGGGCUUUUCGCACGAAUCGUUUGCAGCGGGGCGCAAUUGCUCUUGAGAUGGAAGUUGAAUUGCAUCUGUUGAUAAUUUCUAUCCCUUCCUCCCCUUUUUGGGAGAGAUUGGGGGUGCAUUCGGACCAUUUCCUUCGUCUUUUGCAUGGUUGCAGUGAAAACUAGAAGGGAAGAACAGCCUCCUAAUGGAUAGGAACAACGAACUGGAAGAGGUGGUCCCAAAUGACUCGGACCCUCUUAUUGGGAGGGAGAACAGGGAGUCAGAGUCAUCGGUAGAGCUGUCACCGCCACAGCCAGCAACUGUGAACCUGCUGGAGAUUGAGGAUGAAGAGACCGACGGCUCUUCUGCUGCGUGCUGCCGCAUUUGCCUUGAGAAUGAGUCUGAGAUAGGUGAUGAGCUAAUAUCACCUUGCAUGUGCAAGGGAACUCAGCAGUUUGUUCACCGUUCUUGUCUUGACCACUGGCGAUCUGUUAAGGAAGGAUUUGCAUUUUCACACUGCACAACUUGCAAAGCUCAGUUUCAUCUUCGAGUGGAAACCUGGGAGGAUAACUCAUGGCGUAAAAUGAAGUUCAGGAUCUUUGUUGCAAGGGAUGUUCUACUCGUGUUUCUUGCUGUACAGCUUACUAUUGCUAUCAUCGGUGCGAUUGCAUACUUUUUAGACAGGGAUGGAAGUUUCCGGAACAGUUUUAGCGAUGGUUGGGACCGCUUCUUGUCAAAGCACCCAAUACCCUUCUACUAUUGCAUAGGUGUUGUGGUUUUCUUUGUGCUGCUUGGAUUCUUCGGGCUGAUAGUACACUGCUCAUCCUUCAACGACAACCAGGAUCCAUGCCUAGCUGGGUGCCGGAACUGCUGCUAUGGUUGGGGCAUCCUAGACUGCCUGCCUGCUUCCCUGGAGGCAUGCUUUGCCCUGGUUUUGGUUUUCGUCGUUGUGUUUGCCAUCCUUGGCAUCGCCUAUGGCUUCCUCGCUGCAACCAUGGCGGUCCAGAGGAUUUGGCAGAGGCACUAUCACAUCCUGACCAAAAGGGAGUUGACAAAGGAAUACGUGGUGGAAGACCUUCACGGCAACUACACAGCGCCGAAGCUUGAUCCGGAGCAUGAGGAACGGCUGAAGAUGCUGAAGCUUCUUUAGAGAGAAAGAGGUGCACGCCUUCCUGUAUCCGUGGCAAGUGCAUCAACAUGGGGCAAUCCUCUCUGCGUGCCAGAUUAGGGAAUGGUCAUCCCAUAACACUGUACAAAAUGAUGAAAUCCUGCUUGGACUUGUAUGAAUUCUCUAUCAGACGAAACAAACAGAAGUUCUCAGUUUUACCUUCUCGGUAACCUUCCUCGACAACUUGGUCUCCGAAAGUGUACGUGUUCUUCUUUACUCUUUCCCCUUUUUUUACAAUUGAAAGUUUGUUGUCUGAAUUGAUCUAGCGAUUUCAAUGAUUUCAAUACCUUUUAGCGUCCGAAGCGAA